GUCAGAGUUCUAUCGACUUCUUGUUUGACUUUGUGGCGGCGUCACAGGGCCCCUUCGGAGGGUUCGAUGUUCUCGACACACGACCCAGAGCAGGCGUUAACGGCAGCUUGUUGGUGACUUUGACGGGGAGCAACUCCGCCACAAUAACAGCAGUGAGUCUGGUUGAGUCUUCAGGGUCUGCAGAGGUUAGAGGAGUUGUGGUGCCGCAGGGCAGCGGAAACUUCUUGGUCCAGGUCGACAGGAUACCAUCGGCGGAGUUUUCAGUGCGGGUGAAGGGACAAGAUGAUGGUUCGUCCUCCAGCUCUUCAUCAAAUAUCUUCCAAAGGCAGUCGUCCACCAACUUCAGAGGCUCCAACCUCACAAUUACUGCAAGUUCAGACAGCAUCCUGGAACCAGGGACACCUUUCUCUGUGCCCUUCUCUGUGAUGACCGACGGAACAGGAGGAAACUUCACCAUCCGAGCCACCAACAGCAGAGUUUUUGACUCAACAUCUCCGACCAGUUUACUCCUGGAAACUGGACAAACAGCUAAUGGUACAGUCACCCUGUCAGCUCCUCUGAACACACCGUCUGGAAGUGACGUCACUCUGACCAUUGAGGCCGAGGCUCCAGGCGGCAUGGACACCAACUACAUCGUGUUGCGCAUCUCCAUUGUUAACACGGUGACUGACUUCACUGCACCAGUGUGCGAGCGGCUCAGCUUGCAGUCCAACUGCUCUGAAAACUGCAGCCUGUCCUCGUGGUCGGUGUCUCUGCGGGUGAGCGACGGGGCUGAUGGGACGGGAGUCGACCGCGUCAUCCUCAGACAAGGAAACGGGACCAUGAGCACCAGCCUGUCGCCUGGCAACGAGAACGUAACCCUGGUGUCCUACAACUCGUCCUGCUGUUCUCCUGAAAUGCAGCUGCAGGUUGUGGAUCAGGUCGGUAACGUUGGAUCCUGUUCCUACUCUUUCCGGGAAGGUUCAUCAGGUGCUCUGUCUGCAGCCACCAAAGUCACUCUGUCACCAUUUCUCUGCUUCAUCAUGGUGGUGCUUGGACUCCGUAUACUGACAGAACUGAGCAUCAAAUGUCCAUAA